AUCUAGCAGUACGGAAGCCCAACAUGCUCAAACGGAUCACCCGGCUUGAUUGCAAGGCAUGCAAUCUCUGUCACAUAGCAGCUAGCACAGCGACCACACAGAUCCACUGAGAUUAGAAGUUUGUGUCUAGCUACGCGGAUCGCGGUCAUAUUUUAUUUAAUGUUAAAAGUCACAGCGUAGCUGCGCCUUUUUUUGUCUAUAGAAAUAUAGAUCUAGCACAUCGGAGCGAGCAGGAUGGAGUGGCAGCCAGAUGAACAAGGUCUGCAGCAAGUGCUUCAGCUACUCAAGGACUCCCAGUCCCCAGACACAGCGACACAAAGAGCCGUGCAAGAAAAACUGGAGCAACUCAACCAGUUUCCAGAUUUCAACAACUAUCUCAUCUUUGUCCUCACAAGCCUCAAAUCUGAGGACGAGCCCACUCGCUCUCUAAGCGGUCUGAUACUGAAGAACAACGUUAAGGCUCACUACCAGAACUUUCCUCCCAACGUGGCUGACUUCAUCAAGCGAGAAUGCCUCAACAACAUCGGAGACCCUUCGCCGCUCAUCAGAGCUACGAUCGGUAUCCUGAUCACGACCAUAGCCUCUAAAGGAGAGCUGCAGACCUGGCCGGAGCUCUUGCCUCAGCUGUGCAAUCUGCUCAACUCGGAGGACUAUAACACCUGCGAGGGUUCUUUCGGAGCGCUGCAGAAGAUCUGCGAGGAUUCAUCAGAGUUGUUGGACAGCGACGCCCUGAACAGACCUCUCAACAUCAUGAUCCCCAAAUUCCUACAAUUUUUCAAGCACUGCAGCCCCAAGAUCAGGUCCCAUGCUAUAGCGUGUGUGAACCAGUUCAUCAUUGGUCGAGCUCAAGCUCUAAUGGAUAACAUUGACACCUUCAUUGAGAGUCUGUUUGCGCUGGCCGGUGACGAGGACAGUGAAGUGCGGAAGAACGUGUGCAGGGCUCUCGUCAUGCUGCUGGAGGUCCGCAUUGACCGUCUCAUCCCACACAUGCACAGCAUCAUCCAGUACAUGCUGCAGCGGACCCAGGACCCGGAUGAGAAUGUGGCUCUGGAGGCCUGUGAGUUCUGGCUGACUCUGGCUGAACAGCCCAUCUGUAAAGAGGCCCUGUCGGGUCAUUUGGUCCAACUGAUUCCUAUCCUGGUGAAUGGGAUGAAAUACUCUGAGAUUGACAUUAUUCUUCUAAAGGGUGACGUUGAAGAGGACGAGGCAGUUCCAGACAGCGAGCAAGACAUCAAGCCUCGCUUCCACAAGUCUCGCACGGUCACUCUGCAGCACGAAGGAGGGGAGGGCGAGGAGGGGGAGGACAUUGAUGAGGACGAGGACGACGAUGAUGAUACGCUGUCUGACUGGAACCUACGGAAGUGUUCGGCCGCGGCUCUGGACGUUCUUGCCAACGUGUUUCGUGAGGAGUUGCUUCCCCAUCUCCUGCCCUUGCUCAAAGGCCUGCUUUUCCAUCCUGACUGGGUCAUCAAGGAAUCUGGCAUCCUAGUGCUGGGGGCUAUCGCUGAGGGCUGUAUGCAAGGCAUGGUACCCUACUUGCCUGAGCUCAUCCCCCACCUCAUCCAAUGUUUGUGCGACAAGAAGGCCCUGGUCCGCUCCAUCGCCUGCUGGACCCUCAGCCGCUAUGCCCACUGGGUGGUCAGCCAACCCCCUGACGCUCACCUCAAACCCCUCAUGACAGAGCUGCUCAAGCGCAUACUGGACGGGAAUAAGAGAGUACAGGAAGCGGCAUGCAGCGCGUUUGCCACCCUGGAGGAGGAGGCGUGUACUGAGCUGGUGCCUUACCUGAGCUUCAUCCUGGACACGCUUGUUUUUGCUUUUGGGAAGUACCAGCACAAGAACCUGCUCAUCCUUUAUGAUGCUAUAGGAACACUUGCAGACUCUGUGGGACAUCAUCUCAACCAGCCUGAGUACAUACAGAAGCUGAUGCCUCCGCUGAUUGCCAAGUGGAAUGAGCUGAAAGAUGAAGACAAAGAUCUCUUUCCUCUGCUGGAGUGUCUGUCGUCUGUUGCCACGGCCCUGCAGAGCGGCUUCCUCCCAUACUGCGAACCCGUCUACCAGCGAUGUGUCACCCUGGUCCAGAAGACACUGGCUCAGGCCAUGAUGUACAGUCAGCAGCCAGACCAGUACGAAGCACCCGACAAGGACUUUAUGAUCGUUGCUCUGGAUCUUUUAAGCGGCUUGGCUGAGGGACUUGGUGGCCACGUGGACACGCUUGUGGCACGCAGUAACAUCAUGACUCUGCUUUUCCAGUGCAUGCAGUCCCAGGAUACGAUGCCCGAAGUAAGACAGAGUUCAUUCGCUCUGCUGGGUGACUUAACCAAGGCAUGCUUUCCUCAUGUCAAACCGUGCAUUGCUGAAUUCAUGCCAAUCCUCGGGACAAAUCUGAACCCAGAGUUCAUCUCAGUGUGCAACAAUGCUACCUGGGCCAUAGGAGAGAUCUGUAUGCAGAUGGGCGUGGAGAUGCAGCCGUACAUCGCUAUGGUUCUGAACCAGCUGGUUGAGAUUAUUAAUCGACCCAACACCCCCAAGACCCUGCUGGAGAACACUGCAAUCACCAUCGGCCGACUGGGCUACGUGUGUCCUCAGGAGGUUGCUGCCAUGCUGCCACAGUUUAUCCGACCUUGGUGUACAUCUCUGCGGAACAUCAGAGACAACGAAGAGAAAGACUCUGCCUUCCGCGGGAUUUGCAUGAUGAUUGGUGUGAACCCAGGAGGUGUCGUGCAGGACUUCAUCUUCUUCUGUGAUGCAGUGGCCUCCUGGGUGAAUCCUAAAGAUGAUUUAAGAGACAUGUUCUACAAGAUCCUGCACGGCUUUAAGGAGCAGGUUGGGGAGGAGAACUGGCAGCAGUUCUCGGAGCAGUUCCCCCCACUGCUGAAGGAGAGACUGGCAGCCUGCUAUGGCGUUUAGAUUCUCUACACCCACCUAAGAGGUGAGCCAGCAGGAGGAGGGUGAAUGGGAAACUCAUCCAUCUGUGUAUUGCACUGCCCAGAUCUGGGGGGAGGGAGAGGGAUGCUAUUGGCCGCUCCCCCUGACGGACGGCCCCCACGCCCUAUGUGUUUGUCCAUAGAGGGAGGGUGGGCGGGUGGGAGGGAGGGACAGAGGGACACCUCUAGAUUAACUAGGCAGGGACCCGACACAGAAAAACUAACUGGUAGGGACAGCUAGAGAGGGACAGAGAGAAGGACAUGAAGGAGAGACAGAGGGAUAGACAAGUUGGGAAAAGAGGGAGGCAGGGAAAGAGACCAGCAGAGAGAAAGUUCAGGGAGAGAAGAGGGAGGGAAAGCAGUAACAAGGCAGGGAAAAAGAGCGACAGAAAGGUCUGUUACUUGGCUGGGAGGACAGGGACAGUUGAGAUUUUAAUGGGAUUCUUAAACUUAAGAGUAACCAAUAGCUUGACCGACAGAGACAGACCAACGUACACAGACUCUCACACAUACACUUGUACAUGCUGUACAUGCAGUACAUGGAACUGACUGUGGGUGGCACUAUUAUUUAGACUUUAUGAGACCUACUACGUGUAGUUAGGGACAGACAGGCAGGUGUCUCAACAACAUUUUCUGGGUGAUAUCUUUCUUUUUCCGGGGAAUAGGAUUCAAUAUGAAUUACUUCAUCUGUAGUCACUGAAUUCUACUUAACUGUAAGAUAGUCUCGCUAUCCGCAUCUAUGUUUUCCUACCUUCAUUUUUGACCAGAGUGCUGCUUCACAGAGCUAUCCAUCUAUCAGACAUACUCCUGUCACAUUUUCUACCUGAUCAAAAGAGAGAGGAGGAAGAAAAAAAAAA